CACAAAGAUAUACAAUUCCAGAUAAAACACUUUAAACAACUUGAACAACUCCUCUAAACAAACGCAACUAAGAUGGAGGAUAUAUCACAUGAGGAGCAAGCCCUGAUCUGGGACACCUUCCGCAUCUUGGACAAGGAGAACGAGGGCGCCAUCACCUCCAAGGAGCUGGCGGUGGUGAUUCGCGCCCUUGGUCGCCAGCCCAACGACGCGGAGGUUCAGUCCAUGAUCAAUGAGAUCGACUCGGAUGGAAAUGGCUCCAUCGAGGGUCGGGAGUUCGGCAACAUUAUCCUGCGCAAGAUGCGUGAUACAGGCCACGAGGACGAACUGCGCGAAGCUUUCCGCAUUUUUGACAAGGAAAACAACGGCUAUAUUACCACCACCGAGUUGAAAAAUGUGUUUUCCGCCCUGGGCGUUAAGCUCGGCGAUGAAGAGUUGGAAGAAAUGAUACGCGAGUACGAUCUGGAUCAAGACAAUCACCUCAAUUACGAGGAGUUUGUUAACAUGAUGACCGCGCGAUAGU